AUAGUACUACUCAUGUACAAGCAAUUGCAUGUCUCGCACCAAUUCAUUAUGCUCACUUUGAUUCUCACUUUCUUUGUUCUAACCAACUUAAUUCAGAAAAGUGUUUCGAAAUGAGGAUUAAGUUGCUUCUUCUUGCAAUAUACAUGUGGGCAUGGUCUUGGUCUUGUAUCUUAGCUUUCACGCCUUCUUCUGAUGGGCUGAUGAGAAUUGAACUUAAGAAAAGGCAGUUAGACCUUAACAGUAUUAGCGCUGCCAGAAUAAUCCCUGGAAGAGAGGUUGAUACUCCUUUAAAUGAUCCCAAGGCGGAUAUAGUAUACUUAAAGAACUAUCAUGAUACCCAAUAUUAUGGAGAGGUUGGUAUUGGUUCUCCUCCACAAAUUUUCACCUUUGUUUUUGAUACUGGUAGCUCCAAUCUUUGGGUCCCUUCUUCUAAAUGUCUUUUAUCUAUAUCUUGCUAUUUCCAUUCCAAGUACAGGUCAAGGAUGUCUAGUACUUACACUAAGAUUGGAAUACCUUGCAAAAUUCAUUAUGGUUCUGGAUACAUAUCUGGCUUUUUCAGCCUAGAUUAUGUCAAAGUUGGUGAUAUUAUCAUUAAAGACCAAGAGUUUGUUGAGGUCACAAAGCAAGGAUUUUUGACAUUCCUAACUGUAAAGUUUGAUGGGAUUCUUGGACUUGGGUUUCAGGAUAUUUCAGUCGGUCAGGCUACACCACUGUGGUAUAAUAUGAUACAACAAGGUCAUGUGAGUCAGCAACUCUUCUCUUUCUGGUUCAAUCGAGAUCCAGAUUCAAAAGUAGGGGGUGAGAUUGUGUUUGGAGGUUUUGAUUGGAAGCAUUUCAGGGGCGACCAUACCUAUGUUCCUAUUACUAAAAAGGGCUAUUGGCAGAUUGAGGUGGGAGACAUUCUUAUUGCAAACAAUUCUACAGGAUUGUGUGAGCAUGGUUGUGCAGCCAUUGUGGACUCAGGGACAUCUGUACUUGCUGGGCCAACGACUAUAGUGGCUCAAAUCAACCAUGCUAUUGGAGCCCAAGGAAUUCUUAGCUUGGAAUGUAAAAAUGUUGUUUUCAAGUACGGGAAUGUGAUAUGGGAGUUCUUGGUUUCUGGGAUAAGUCCCGAAAUUGUUUGUGUUGAUAUUGGACUGUGUGUACAUAACGGAUCUAACUAUAUGAGCACAGGUAUUGAGACACUGGUACAAAAUAAAACAAGUAAAGGAUCUUCUAUGAAUGAGAGUGCUUUAUGCACUUUCUGUGAGAUGGUUGUUUUCUGGAUUCAAAUGCAGAUUAAUCAACAGAAAACAAAGGAAAAAGUAUUCAAAUAUGUUAAUGAGUUAUGCGAGAUCAUUCCAAACCCCGGGGGAAAAUCAUUUAUCAACUGCGAUGAAAUUGAAAGCUUGCCACUUGUUUCAUUUACUAUUGGAAAUAAGUCAUUUCCACUUUCUCCUGAACAGUAUGUUCUCAAAAUAGAACAAGGAUGUUCCACUGUAUGUAUUAGUGGGUUCACAGUAUUGGAUGUGCCUCGCCCGCAAGGUCCCCUCUGGAUUCUUGGAGAUAUAUUUAUGGGGGCAUAUCAUACAGUUUUUGACUAUGGUAAUCUAAGGAUAGGAUUUGCAAAAGCUGCAUAAUAAUCAUUAGAUUCGUGGUGGCUGCUUAAUAUCCAGGGAUCGGUUUAGCUUACAGUAAGAAUAAAGUCACUGAAUUGGAAGAUGGAAAAAUAUUUGAAUGUCCAAGUAUUGAUGUCAAUAUAUGUGGAGAAGAUGUAAGCCAUUUCAUUGUGUAGUGCAAAAUGACAAGAAUAAUAGUUUCUCCAAA